UUCAAAUUUUGACACUAACCAUAUUGAAUCAAAAGUAAUUGAAUAACCUUAACUCAUUGUAGCGCACAUGCGGCAAGUUUUGAUAUAGAACUGAGGUGAUGGCACACUUUUACCACGUGACUACACAACGGCCUACUACUAUAGUAAAAACGUGUACAGGCCACUUUACCAGUCCAAAUGAUCUGAAUUUACUCAUCUGCAAGAGUACUUUUAUUGAAGUUUUUGAUGUCACGAGUGAGGGUUUAAAAUUAGUUCGGGAUGUCCCUAUCAAUGCAAAAAUAGUUGCUGCCUGUCUUUUUAGGCGAAAGGAUCGUGACACUGACUCACUAUUUUUGCUUACUCACAAAGCUGGUGUGGCUAUCAUUGAAUGCGUUCGGAGUAAAGAUGCAGUUGAAUUUGUUACUGUGGCUUCUGGAAGUGUAGAAGACAAAAGUGCACGAAUGAUCGACCAGGGGUUCGAUGUUUUAAUCGAUCCAGGUUCGAACUAUAUUGUUGUGCGACUGUAUCAUGGACUUCUGAAAAUCAUAUCGCUGCAGUGUAUCGGAGAUAAAAUUGGCACCGAUUUCUUGGAUACUAGUCAGUGGAAUGUAAAUACAUAUAGUGUGAGGUUUGAGGAAGGUAAUGUUGUCGACAUAGCCUUCAUAUAUGGCUACAGUUUACCGACAUUUGCUAUGAUAUAUGAAGAUGAACUUGUACUACACAUGAAAACGUACGAAAUUUACGGACGAGAGCCUGCAUUGCGAAAUGUUCAACUGACACUGGAUUCAAUUGAACCAGAUUCUAAACUGCUUAUUCCAGUUCCAAAGCCGUAUGGUGGCGUUAUAUUAGUUGGUGACAAUAUCAUAUGCUAUCACACCAAAGACGGGCCACAUAUAUCUCAGUAUAUACCACAUGCAAAAGCAAGUCAAGUGCUAUGUUAUGCUGCUGUCGAUGCACAACGUUAUUUAUUGGGAGAUAUGGCUGGACGGUUAUACAUGGUACAUCUGUUAUCUGAGGACAAUUCAUCUGCAAGCAAUUGUGCUAUAAGUUCAGUAAAUAGUGAAAGUCUUUCAGCUGGUCGAAUAGGAUCAAUUCGAAUUGAACUACUCGGUGAAACUGCAACACCUGAAUCUAUAGCAUAUUUGGAUAAUGGAGUAGUGUUUAUCGGAUCAACUCUUGGAGAUUCACAAUUGAUUCGUCUUAAUCCUGAUCCAGAUCCUGAACGAAAUAGUUAUAUAACUAUUUUGGAGACUUAUGCAAAUAUUUCACCUAUAGUUGAUAUGGUUUUAUUAGAGAAUAAAGGUCAAAAUCAAUUGAUUACUUGUUCUGGAGCUUAUAAAGAAGGCAGUUUGCGUGUGAUACGCAACGGAAUCGGGAUUCAUGAACACGCAACAAUCGACCAAGAUUUGAUUAAAGGAACAUGGUGUCUCUCCAUUGAAUCUGAUCUCUAUGAUGAUACAAUUGUAGUCUCCAUGGUUGGUCAAACUCAGCUACUACGUCUUGCUGAUGAUGACAUUACAGCUUUACAUUUGGAAGGCUUUAAAACUGAUGAACAAACUGUAUAUUGUUCAACAUUGUCACCUGUUAACAAUGAUGAUGCAUGCAGUAAUAAUGAACAACAAGAAAUGAUGAUUGUGGAUAGCAAAAAUUCUAUUGCCUCUGAUACUAUACUUUUACAAGCUACAACAAGUGGUCUACGCUUGAUAGGCAUUCAAUCAUUAUUUGGCAAAGGUUGUCUUAUAGAAUGGCGACCACCGAAUGGACGUGGAAUUUCCUGUCUUAGUUCAUUUCGUCAUACUAUUGUUGUAGCAAGUGGAACAGAGUUGUAUGUUUUAAAGGUGGUUGGAGAAGGAAGUGAUCCUAAAAUUGAACUUGUUGCACAUCGACAAAUGCCUCACGAAGUGGCAUGUGUUGAUCUCACACCCUUCCAUCAUGGUCGUGCAAUUGCUGCAAUCAAUUCAGGAUCAUCAUCAUCAUCUAAUCAUCAUAUGGAUACAACACCAUCGUCUACGCCGGAUGCAUCUGUACCGCAUAUAGUUGCAGUUGGUCUAUGGUUGGGUCAUGGUCUUGCUUUGCUCAAGCUUCCUAAUCUGGAGCUUGUUCAUGAAGAACCACUGCCGGAGACAACAGCAUCCACUGGCACUGCUCUAUUACCUCGGUCUGUACUGAUCGCUCAGUUAGAGGAUAUGGCUUAUUUGUUUGCAGCAAUGGGGGAUGGUACGCUAUACUUUUAUACUAUUGACCCUUCGGGAGGUCAUAUUCGUUUACGUGAUGCAAAACGUGUUAUCGCUGGUACAGGACCGUCUAUGUUUCUGAGACAAUGGCGAUCACAGCGUAAAGUGAAUGUUUUCGUUUGUUCAAAUCAUCCAUGCGUAAUAUAUUCUGUCAAGAAUAAAUUAAUAUUUGCCAACUUAAAUCUUAAAGAGGUGAAUUUUAUGACUCCAUUGAAUGGAGUAUUCUACACUGACUGCAUUGCACUGGUCACUCCUUCAUCGCUUAUCAUUGGAUCAGUAGAUGAAAUUCAAAAAUUACAUGUACGAAGUCUCCCGCUAGAGGAGACACCAAGACGUCUUGCUUUACAAUCUGAAACUGGCAGUCUAGGUGUUAUCACCUGCCGGCAAGAAAUGUUUCAAGAAGGUAUGGGCUUUAAACCUGUCCGUUCUUCAAUAUCUUUAUCCCCGAAAAUUCCAAAAUCCACUAGUCGACUUCCAAAAACAGCACCAUCCUGUGUUUCUGCCACUGAAAGAAAGUUUCGUGAAAUCGAAGUCUCUUCUCUUCUCAUCUUCACUCAGUCCAACCUUGAAAUCCAAUUCGCUCAUAGCUUUUACUACAGUCAGACAUUGGUUGAAAUGGCUAUCAGCAUAACUUCUGUCCAAUCAGAGAUUCAUAAAGGACCAUUAUUUGCUGUCGGCACUGCAUUCUUAGUCGAAGAUGAAGUGGAACCAUCCAAAGGUCGAAUACAUUUGUUCCGUUGGGAUCCAGAGUCUUCAAGACUGGAAACUGUUCUGGUUCAAGAUGUUAAUGGUUCAGUUUAUCAAGUUGUUGAUUUCAAUGGUCGUCUGUUAGCUGGUAUUAACUGUUCGGUGAGACUUUUCGAUAUCAAAGAGGAUUCCUUACGACUGGCGUGUAGCUUCAAUGAAAAUAUUGUGGCUCUUUAUCUUCGUCGAAAAGGUGAUUUUGUCCUAAUUGGUGAUUUAAUGCGUUCAUUAACACUGUUGUUAUUCAAGUCAAAUGUCAAUAAUUUUGAAGCUAUUGGACGACAUCGGCAUCCUCGUUGGACAACGUGUAUUGAGAUUCUUGACGAUGAACACUUUCUUGCCGCUGAAGUAGAACAUAAUCUUUUUGUAGUUUCAAGAGAUCUUCCAGAAAAUACUAGAGAGCCAAGUUUUCGUGCUCUGUUAUCGUCUGAAUCAUCUGUUCUGCCAGCAUUAUCUCAAUUACAAUCAAAUAAAAAUAAUAAUCAUAAUAAUGCAACAUCACAAUCUACAACCAGUGGUGGCGGUGAUAAUGUUAAUUCUACAUCGAAUUCUAAUACAAUCCCUAUGAAUAACGUGACAUCUGUAGCCGAGAGUCGAAAUAAUCCACCAUCGAAUCGACAUUUUCUCGACUCUCGUCUAACAAGUACAAAACCGAAUUCAAGUGGUGUUUCCGGUGAGAUGCAGCGUUUAGUUGAUUGUGCUUAUAUUCAUACAGGAGAUUUUAUCAAUGUAUUUGUGCGUGGCAAUCUUGUACUUCAAAAUGCUGAAGAACGUUGGGAAGCUAUCGGUUAUCCUGGUCACCUAUACGGUACUGUCAAUGGUGGUCUAGGUCUGAUUGUUCAAGUUUCACCGGUGUUAUUUGCCUUUUUGAAAGAAAUUGAAUUCCGGUUAACUAAUCUAGUUGUCCCAGUGGGUGGAUUCUCGCACGAUGUAUGGCGAGCUUUUAAAGCUGAUCGUGAAGUGAAAAUGGCGCAUAAUUUUGUUGAUGGUGAUCUGAUUGAAACAGUUACAGAUUUGAAAAUGGAAGAUAAAGUGAAAUUGGUUAAAGGUUUACGUAUACCGGUAAACAUGGAAGAGUUCGGAACAGCUGGUUCCGCAUGCACAACUGAUCCUGAAACACGUGAAUGUACCGUUGAAGAUUUAGUGAAAAUUGUAGAAGAAAUGGCACGUUUACACUGAAAUGACAACUUUUUUAUAUAUAUAUAAAAAAAGAAAUACAACAUCUCUGUCGCGCCCGCCCCAGCUAUGCGCAGUUUUUUCUUAAUGCUUUUUAGGUGUCAAUUUUUGCUUGCUCCCACAUUAAUCAUAUAUAAACAAUUACAGUGAAGAAGAUGGAUGGUCUAAUUAGAUAUUUUUGAAAAGAAUCUUAAAUAGUUUUUUUUGUUGUAUAACUAACUUUUCUAUUAAAACUGCAAAUAUCCUCUCUGACUAGGCGGGGCAUUCGCGGGGGGGGUCCUGUAUAUUUCUCUCAUCAUCAUCAUUAUCAUCACACUUAUAUGUGAAUUUCCCGCUCACAUUUUGAAUGUGCAUUUUCUCACUAAUCACAUUUACCACCACCACCUACAUAUACAUAAAAGAUUUAAUACAGUUAUAACAUUUGUGGGUUGUUGUUGUUUGUUUGUUGUUUUUUUGUAAUCAUUUUUGCUUUAUAUAAGUGUGAUGUGUUUAUAUUUGUGAGCCAACUACAGCUAGUAAAGAAAAAUGCAAAUCUUGAGAUAUCUUA